CUUGCUUUGUGUUCAUCAAAAUUCUUUGAUAAUACCCACAAUGGUAGGAAAAAACAGCUCUAAUCUUCCUCCUGGUUUUAGGUUCCAUCCAACUGAUGAGGAAUUAAUCAUGUGUUAUCUUCGAAACCAGGCAACAUCGAGGCCUUGCCCCGUGUCAAUAAUCCCAGAAGUCGAUAUUUACAAAUUUGAUCCUUGGCAAUUACCCGAGAAAGCGGAAUUUGGAGAAAAUGAAUGGUACUUCUUUACCCCUCGAGAUAGGAAGUACCCGAAUGGGGUGAGACCGAAUAGAGCAGCUGUUUCGGGUUAUUGGAAAGCCACGGGUACAGAUAAGUCAAUAUACAGUGGAUCCAAAUAUGUAGGUGUGAAGAAAGCUCUCGUUUUUUACACUGGUAGACCACCAAAAGGUAUCAAGACUGAUUGGAUUAUGCAUGAAUAUAGAUUAAACGAACCAAGAUCACAACCCAACAAGCAAAAUGGAUCCAUGAGGUUGGAUGAUUGGGUCCUAUGUAGGAUCUACAAGAAGAAGAAUACGACAAGAAGUGUAGAGCAGAAAGAGCAGGAGGAUUGGGGUGCUCAAACAUUGACUGCUGAUGAUGCUAGUGGUUCACAAACAUUCAAAUUUCCUAGACCUUGUUCAAUCAAUAAUCUAUGGGAAUUGGAUUGUUUGGGUUCAAUCUCACAACUUUUAAAUGACAAUGCAUACAAUUCAAGCUUUGAUGGAAAUUUCAACCGGCCGAUGGAGAAGCUUGAGCUUGGAGAAAUGUCAUACCAAUAUCCAGACUCUGUCAAGUUGCAAAUGAAUCAGAGUAGCAGUUUAAACCAGCAAAAUUUUUUGAACCCAGUGUUUGAAUUUCAGUAA